ACCCAGCCUUGCAUUCUUUCUCUCUCUCUCUCUCUCUCUCUCUCUCUCUCUCUCUCUCUCUAUGACGGGUGUGUCAGGAAGUCAAACUUCACUCUCUCACUGACUGGUCAACAGACAACAACACAAUGCCUGGAAAGAAAGUUUGUAUUAUUGGCUCUGGAAACUGGGGUUCUGCCAUCGCCAAGAUCAUCGGCCACAAUGUGAAAGCGUCAAACCGCUUCGACCCGAUAGUGAAGAUGUGGGUUUAUGAGGAGAUGAUUGACGGACGCAAACUCACAGAGAUCAUCAACACUGAACACGAGAACGUCAAGUACCUGCCCGGACACAAACUGCCCAAAAAUGUGGUGGCUGUUCCUGACGUCACGGAGGCCACGAGCGGAGCCGACUUCCUGGUCUUCGUCAUUCCUCAUCAGUUUAUUGUGAAAAUCUGUGACCAGAUGAAACCUCACGUCAAACCCGGAGCCCUCGGGAUCUCCCUCAUUAAAGGUAUCGAUGAGGGUCCGGAUGGUCUGACCCUGAUCUCUGACAUCAUCAGGUCCAAGCUGGAGAUCGAGGUCAGUGUGCUGAUGGGCGCCAACAUCGCCAGCGAGGUGGCAGAGGAGAAGUUCUGUGAGACGACCAUCGGAGCCACUAAUGAACCCAACGGCAAGAUCUUCAAAGAGCUUCUGCAGACGCCAAACUUCCGCAUCACUGUGGUGAAGGAGAGCGACACGGUGGAGCUGUGCGGAGCGCUGAAGAACAUUGUGGCGGUGGGUGCGGGUUUCUGUGACGGCCUGGGCUUCGGGGACAACACUAAAGCUGCCGUCAUCAGACUGGGGCUCAUGGAGAUGGUGGCCUUCUCCAAACUCUUCUGCAAGAGCGCCGUCUCCUCCGCCACCUUCCUGGAGAGCUGCGGCGUCGCCGACCUCAUCACCACCUGCUACGGCGGACGCAACCGGCGCGUGGCGGAGGCCUUCGCUCGCUCGCAGAAGUCGAUAGUGGAACUGGAAGCUGAGAUGCUGAACGGUCAGAAACUUCAGGGCCCUCAGACGUCUGCAGAGGUUUACAAGAUCCUUCAGAAGAGAAACAUGAUUGACAAGUUUCCCCUGUUCGUGUCCGUGUAUCAGAUCUGUUUCGAGGGUCGGCAGGUGAAGGACUUCAUCAGCUGCCUUCAGAAUCACCCAGAGCACAUGUGAUCGGACCGAACCGCCAACACUACUGACACUACUGACACUGUUAAUGAACAAAAGUGAAUUAUGAUAAUCAGUCCAGUACGUUUUAUGCACUGUAACAGUAUUUGUGUUAUUUCUGACUCAGGACUGUAACGCUGAUGAACGCACAGUACGGUUAGACCGGCGCCAUUUUGCAUUCGUCUUAUAGAUAGAUACAUGUAAAAUGUCAUGUCAAACUUUUUAACACAAACAAUAAAAGCCAUGCUGCUUAUCUGAA